ACGUUUUGCUGCUGCUCAGCGCAGCCACUCGCGGGGGCGGGGAGGCUGCGGGCUCAGAGGCGCCUGGAGCAAGCGAAUCUUAGCCCACCGCCUGCCCAACCGCGUGACCUUGAACAAGUUAAUGAACUUCACGCCUCAACGUCCAGGUCUGUAAAAUGGGGUAUCUAACGCAGACCGCACAGCCCAGCUGGGUUUAGCAAACUUCCGGGAGCCGGUUGGAGCCUCUCCCCGUCCCUAGCGGUGAUACCAGGUGACGAUAUGCCGCAGGGGGUCCUUGGAGGUCACCCUAGGGCGUUGCUGCUGCCUUUGGGAGUGUGGAGCUCCAAAUCAUGUCGCGACAGGAGGAUUUCGGGAGGCCUGGAUCCUCGCGCCAGGGGGAUGUGCGAGGGUAUGGGAUGAAUCCUAAUUCCUCCGACCCACCCAAAGCCUAGAUAUCCAGCCUCGGCGCCUCUCGCCCUGAGGGCCCCGCCCUCAAUCCCGCCCUCCUCUAACCCGCUACCCCAUUGGUGGCGUCCGGCGGCGCGGUCGCUGUUAUUUUUCGAAUAUAUAAGGAGGUGGAAGUGGCAGCUGCAACUAGAGGCUUCCCAGGCUGGUUCCUGAGCCCCGCGUCCCUCGCCCCCCGCCCUCCCCGCAUCCCUCUCCUCCCUCGCGCCUGGCCCUGUGGCUCUUCCUCCCUUCCUCCCUUCCCCCCUCCACCCCCUCCGCGCCCGCUGCCUCCCUCGGCCCAGCCAGCUGUGCCGGCGUUUGUUGGCUGCCUUGCGCCCGGCCCUCCAGCCAGCUUUCUGCCGGCCCCGCCGCGAUGGAGGUGCCCCAGCCGGAGCCUGCGCCAGGCUCGGCUCUCAGUCCAGCAUGCGUGCGCGGUGGCGCCCAGCGUCCCGGCCACUUCCCGGGCCUCCUGCUGGGAUCUCAUGGCCUCCUGGUGUCUCCGGUGCGCGCGACCGCUUCCUCGCCGGUCACCACCCUCACCCAGACCAUGCACGACCUCGCCGGGCUCGGCAGCCACAGCCGCCUGACGCGCCUAUCCCUGUCUCGACGGGCAUCUGAAUCCUCCCUGUCAUCUGAAUCCUCCGAAUCUUCUGAUGCAGGUCUCUGCAUGGAUUCCCCCAGCCCUGUGGACCGCCAGAUGGCAGAGCAGACGUUUGAACAGGCCAUCCAGGCAGCCAGCCGGGUCAUUCGAAAAGAGCAGUUUGCCAUCAGACGCUUCCAGUCUAUGCCGGUGAGGCUGCUGGGUCAAAGCCCCGUGCUUCGGAACAUCACCAACUUCCAGGCGCCCGAUGGCCAGAGGAAGAGCGAGGCGGGCAGUGGAGCUGCCAGCAGCUCUGGGGAAGACAAGGAGAACGAUGGGUUUGUCUUCAAGAUGCCAUGGAAGCCCACACAUCCCAGCUCCACGCAUGCUCUGGCAGAGUGGGCCAGCCGCAGGGAAGCCUUUGCCCAGAGGCCCAGCUCGGCCCCCGACCUGAUGUGUCUCAGUCCUGAGCAGAAGAUGGAAGUGGAGGAGCUCAGCCCCGUGGCCCGAGGUCGCUUCUCUCUCACCCCUGCAGAGGGGGAUACUGAGGAAGAUGAUGGAUUUGUGGAUAUCCUAGAGAGUGACUUAAAGGAUGAUGAUGCAGUUCCCCCAGGCAUGGAGAGUCUCAUUAGCGCCCCACUGGUCAAGACCUUGGAAAAGGAAGAGGAACAGGACCUCGUCAUGUACAGCAAGUGCCAGCGGCUCUUCCGCUCUCCAUCCAUGCCCUGCAGCGUGAUCCGGCCCAUCCUUAAGAGGCUGGAGCGGCCCCAGGACAGGGACACACCCGUGCAGAAUAAGCGGAGGCGGAGCGUGACCCCUCCUGAGGAGCAGCAGGAGCCUGAGGAACCUAAAGUCCGCGUCCUCCGCUCAAAAUCACUGUGUCACGAUGAGAUUGAGAACCUCCUGGACAGUGACCACCGAGAGCUGAUUGGAGAUUACUCUAAGGCCUUCCUCCUACAGACAGUAGACGGAAAGCAUCAAGACCUCAAGUACAUCUCACCAGAAACGAUGGUGGCUCUGUUGACGGGCAAGUUCAGCAACAUCGUGGAUAAGUUUGUGAUUGUGGACUGCAGAUACCCCUAUGAGUAUGAAGGCGGGCACAUCAAGACUGCGGUGAACUUGCCCCUGGAACGCGACGCCGAGAGCUUCCUGCUGCAGAGCCCCAUCACACCCUGUAGCCUGGACAAGAGAGUCAUCCUCAUUUUCCACUGUGAAUUCUCAUCUGAGCGUGGGCCCCGCAUGUGCCGUUUCAUCAGGGAACGAGACCGUGCUGUUAACGACUACCCCAGCCUCUACUACCCCGAGAUGUAUAUCCUGAAAGGCGGCUACAAGGAGUUCUUCCCUCAGCACCCGAACUUCUGUGAACCCCAGGACUACCGGCCCAUGAACCACGAGGCUUUCAAGGAUGAGCUGAAGACCUUCCGCCUCAAGACUCGCAGCUGGGCUGGGGAGCGGAGCCGGCGGGAACUCUGUAGCCGGCUGCAGGACCAGUGAGGGCCUGCAUCAGUCCUGCUACCUCCCUUGCCUUUCCAGGCCUGAAGCCAGCUGCCCUAUGGGCCUGCUGGGCUGAGGGCCUGCUGGAGGCCUCAGGUGCUGUCCAUGGGAAGGAUGGUGUGGGUGUCCUGCCUGUCUGCCCCAGCCCCGAUUCCCCUGUGUCAUCCCAUCAUUUUCCAUAUCCUGGUGCCCCCCACCCCUGGAAGAGCCCAGUCUGUUGAGUUAGUUAAGUUGGGUUAAUACCAGCUUAAAGGCAGUAUUUUGUGUCCUCAAGGAGCUUCUUGUUUCCUUGUUAGGGUUAACCCCUCAUCUUCCUGUGUCCUGAAAAGCUCCUUUAUGUGUGUGUCAGCGGAGGCUGGGGGAGAGCCAUGGUCCCCGAGGAUGGGUCAGAGCUAAACUCCUUCCUGGCCUGGGAGUCAGCACUCUGCCCUUACUUCCUGGGCCAGGACUGCCCCUAACCUCUGUAGGAACCGUGGUAUGUCUGCCAUGUUGCCCCUUUCUCUUUUCCUCUUUUUCCUGUCCCACCAUACAAGCACCUCCAGCCUGAACAGAAGCUCUUACUCUUUCCUAUUUCAGUGUUACCUGUGUGCUUGGUCUGUUUGACUUUAUACCCAUCUCAGGACAUUUCCGUAGACUAUUUAGGUUCCCCUGUCAAAUAUCAGUUACCCACUCAGUCCCAGUUUUGUUGCCCCAGAAAGGGAUGUUAUUAUCCUUGGGGGCUCCCAGGGCAAGGGCUAAGGCCUGAAUCGUGAGCCUGCUGGAAGCCCAGCCCCUACUGCUGUGAACCCUGGGGCCUGACUGGUCAGAACUUGCUGCUGUCUUGUUGCGGAUGGAUGGAAGGUUGGAUGGAUGGGUGGAUGGCCGUAGAUGGCCGUGGAUGCACAGUGCCUUGCACACCCAAACCAGGUGGAAGCAUUUUGGUGAGCAUGACAGCCUGCAGCAGGAAUAUGUGUGUGUCUAUUUGUGUGGACAGAAAUCUUUACACUUAGGGUUUGGAUCUAUUCAAGAGGAAAUAUUCAAGUCACAGAAGCAGCUAAACCAAGGACUCAGCACCCUCUGGAUUCUGAAUCUCAAGAUGGGGGCAGGGCUGUGCUUGAAGGCCCUGCUGAGUCAUCUGUUAGGGCCUUGGUUCAAUAAAGCACUGAGCAAGUUGAGAAACCA